CAAAACAACCCUGUCUUGCAGAAUGAUUCAUCACAAAAGACAGUAGACACAUCUAUCCUAAUAACCAGCAGCAAGACCUCGGUGAGCAGAUCUUCGCCAUGGACGUCAAAGAAGUUCUCUUCAUGAGCAGAGGAGACGGAGAAGAUAGCUAUGCUCAGACGUCAACCUAUCCGCAAAAGAUUGCAUCCCUGGCGAAGCCCGCUGUAGCGAGUGCAGUCGCUUCUCUGCUUGAGGAAGGUUUCUUCCCCUGCGAGCUUCUAAGUGUGGCGAAUUUAGGCUGUGCUUUGGGUCCUAGCACAGUAAUUUUCAUGUCGACUGUCAUGGAGAGUGUGCGGAAGAAGUGCGCGCACUCAAAGUGCCCACCGCCCGAACUCCAAUUCUAUCUAAACGAUCUUCCUGGGAAUGAUUUCAACACGUUGUUCCAAAUCUUGUCGAGCUUCUCCCAAAACAAUGAAAGCUUAUCGUGCUUCAUAAUGGGAGCUCCGGGAACUUUUCACGGAAGGCUCUUCCCUAGAAACUGCUUGCACCUCGUUCAUUCCUCCUAUAGCGUCCAUUGGCUAUCUCAGGUACCGAAUCUCACGAGCAAAGAAGGCCUCCCGUUGAAUAAGGGAAGGAUCUACAUCUCAGAGACCAGCCCCAGCGUGGUGAAGGAGGCCUACUUGGCUCAAUUCCGAGUGGAUUUAUCGACAUUUUUGAAAUUCCGCAGCGAAGAGAUGGUCAACAAUGGUUACCUCGUGUUGGUACUUAACGGGAGGAAGGAUAAGGACUUUGCAGGCAUAAACAGCCACUACAUUAUGGAAAAACUUGGAGAGGCGAUUGCUAAUUUGGUUUCAGAGGGGUUUGUUGAGGAAGGGAAAUUAGAUACCUUAAAUAUGCCACAUUACACGGCAUCUUCAGAGGAAGUUCAGGGCAUAAUCGAUGAAGAAGGGUCCUUCGAGAUCGAACAUAUGGAGAUAAUCGAGGUUGAUGUCGGCGGAACCACGCCGGACGAGGAUCCUCAUAGCAGAGGAAGGAAGAUGGCUAAAGAUGCCAGAUCUUUCACUGGUUCCAUAAUCUCACACCAUCUCGGCAAGGAGAUCAUGGACAAGCUCUAUUAUGAAAAGCUUCCCAUCAUCAUAGGUGAUGAUCUGGCUAAGGAAAGGAGGAUGGGAAUCAGCAUAAUUGUUGUGCUCAAAAAGCAUAUCCUAUGACGCAAUAAGUGUUCGUCUCCACUAUAGACAAGGUCAAUUUCUGGGAAAGCUAUUCAGGUGUUAUUUGAAAGAAUUCCCAUUUUGUUAGGGUGUGAUGAAUUGUUGGCUGUAUUAGGCUAAGUUUAUUAAGGUGCUUAUGAUUUAUGAGUGAUAAAGACUCCUUUAAGCUUAAGAUAAGAGAAGAGCCCUGCAAGGAGAAAUAUUUAGAGGUGCAUUUUAAUUUUCUAUUAGUUAAUGUUAACAUGGAUACAAAGGUUAGGGAGGGAUCAAGGGUUUGAUCGGUCAAGUCAUUAUAGGCAUGACAAACCACGGCUAUGGGCUUGUUCAACCCAAAGUGUAUACACAUGGAUUUGGACAAGUUAUUUGUUCUUCGGCCCAAUUUUACUA